CUUCCUGUGCCUCGGCCUCAUUAGCUCGGUGAGGCGGCAGUGGCGGGGCGGCGACUCCUCUCUUUAUAACCUCACACCGCGAGCAGCGCUCAGGCCCCGUGACCGACCACUGCGGAGACCCUGGAAGAUGCCCUCAGCCACAAGCAGCAAGGCUGUGCCGGGCUCCGGCGAGGCACCAAGCGGUGCUGGGAUGGUACAGAGUGAGGCCAUGAAACAGAUCCUAGGGGUCCUUGAUAAGAAGCUGCGGAACCUUGAAAAGAAAAAGGGCAAGUUGGACGACUACCAGGACAGAAUGAACAAAGGAGAGCGACUGAAUCAGGACCAACUGGAUGCGGUGUCAAAACAUGUGGAGGUUUCAGCCAGCAUGGAGUUUGCUCGAGAACUGCAGAAAAGUUUCAUGGCAUUGGGCCAAGAUAUCCAAAAGAGCAUGAAAAAGGCAGCUCGUCGAGAACAGCUCAUGCGUGAAGAAGCUGAACAGAAACGUUUAAAAACAGCACUAGAGCUACAGUUUGGCUUGGAUAAACUUGGUGAUGAAGAAGUACGCAAUGACUUGAAACAAGGCUUAAAUGGGGUUCCUGUGGUAUCGGAAGAAGAGCUUGCUUUAUUGGAUGAGUUUUAUAAACUGGUGGAACCAGAACGAGAUCCAUCUGUAAGGUUGAAUGAGCAAUAUGAACAGGCCUCCAUUCACCUCUUCGAUGUCUUGGAAGGAAGAGACAAGUCUGUGUGCGGAACCACAUAUAAAGCUUUGCGGGAAAUACUGGAUCGCAUCCUCCAGAGUGGGUAUUUUGACAAUGCAAAGAAUCACCAGAAUGGACUGUGUGAGGAGGAGGAACCCCUCGCAGCGCCGCCUGCAGAAGAACAAGCACCCGAGCUUGAACCCGAAGCUGUGGAAGAAUAUACUGAGCCCAGUGAAGUGGAGUCCACCGAGUUUGUAAACAGACAGUUUAUGACGGAGAACACAUUCAGCAGCGGAGAGAAGGAACAAGUGCAAGAAUGGGCAGUAGAAACCGUUGAAGUCGUAAACUCACUCCAGCAGCAGCAACCAACAUCCCCGGCUGUCUCCGAGCCCCUAUCGCUAAAUGCCAUUUCACAAGUCCAGCCUGAUCCCAUUGUACGAAGACAGAAGGUUCAGGAUCUGAUGGCCCAGAUGCAAGGUCCAUAUAAUUUCAUGCAGGACUCUAUGUUGGAUUUUGAAAACCAACCAAUAGACCCUGCAAUUGUGUCUGCGCAACCUAUGAAUCCAGCUCAAAGCAUGGAGCUGCCUCAGAUGGUCUGCCCUCCAGUACAUUCUGAGCCCCGGCUAUCUCAGCCCAGCCAAGUUCCAGAGAGCACACAAGUUCCCAUGGUAUCUUCCACUAGUGAAGGCUUUGCUGGUUCGCCACAACUGUACCAACCUUCCCACCCCACAGAACAGAGGUCUCAGAAAGAAGCCUUGGAGCAGAUCCAGGCCUCUCUGUCUCUAAGUUCAGAUCCAACGCAAACGUCCUCAUCGCUUCCUGCUGCUUCCCAACCUCAGGUGUUCCAGACUGGGUCCAACAAACCGCUGCACAGCAGUGGUAUCAAUGUGAAUGCUGCUCCAUUCCAGUCCAUGCAGACCGUUUUUAAUAUGAAUGCACCUGUCCCUCCUGUGAACGAGGCGGACACACUGAAACAGAACCAGUACCAGGCCAGUUACAGUCAAACUUUCCCAGGCCAACCACACCAAGUGGAACAAAACGAACUUCAACAAGAGCAGCUACAGUCGGUGGUAAACACUUACCAUGCAGCAUCGGACCAGUCCCACCAAGCUUCCACUGGCCACCAACAGCAGACACAACAGAACACUGGCUUCUCCCGCAGCAACCAGCCCUUCUACAACAACAGAGGGAUGGCCCGAGGAGGGCAGCGUGGUGGCAGGGGCAUGAUUAAUGGCUACAGGGGGCCAUCCAAUGGUUUCAGAGGAGGAUAUGAUGGUUACCGCCCUGCCUUCUCAAACACUCCAAACAGCGGUUACUCACAGGCUCAGUUUAGCGCACCUCGAGAUUAUACCAACAACUACCAACGGGAUGGAUAUCAGCAAAAUUUUAAGCGAGGCACCGGGCAGGGAGGUCCUCGGGGCGCACCUCGAGGUCGCGGAGGGCCCCCAAGACCUAGCCGAGGAAUGCCACAAAUGAACAGUCAACCAGUCAAUUAAAGCGUUGGAAGGAAGGCUUGCCCACCAGCUGGUGUUUAAAAGCAUUAACUUUUUUGUUUUACCUUCCCUCUUGCUAGGAUAUCUUUUUGCUUGUAAGGGGACUGUUAUAUUGUUGCCUGGUUUAAGAUGAGAUUACGGUUGUCAGAAUAAUCUUAACUGGAUAUGCAAAAAUCAUCAAACACACACCCGCUGCAUGUUCUUCAGUAAAGAACCCGUGGCAGCUUCAAGUUCAUGAAGGACAGGACGCUUUAAUGGUUUUCUCAUUAAGUUUUCCGGUUAUCUGUUCAAUUUCUGCCUUUGUUAUGUAACCACUUGGGGCUUGAGCUGUAAAUGAACAUGUACCCACUUUAGACCCCCUGGAUCCCUAAAUGAUCAGUAUAUGUUGGGCAUUACUAGGCCAAUUUAUCCAACUAACUAUACAUAGCAGGAUUGCUAAAGCUGUCUUGUCUUUGCCUUGGGCCUGCACUGAUAUCGUGUUCCAUCUCUCUACUAUCAUUUGAGAUCAGACUAUCAUUCAUUUCACAGCUUGAAAAAGUAAUCAUCCGUUGUAGGAUCAUUUGAAGGGCAUGCUAGUCUGGUUUGUGUGUACGUUCGAAUGGAUUCCAAGUUACCUGUGCUUAGUAGUUCCAUGUUGGAUAAGUCACAGAACUUCUGCUACAGGAUUUUCAAGGGGCCCCAUUUUAUUUUUCAUGGUUGGGGAUCGUUUAAACUGCCAUUUGUGAAUCAUAUUCCCAGUAAUCUGGCGAUUAAAGGAUCAAUCAUUUUGAACAGAGGCAAAUAAAAACCUGUUUAUAUAAA